AUGGCCGAGUGUACCUUCGGGGACACUGUACCUCUGAGGAGCACUGUGCGCGCCGGAGGAACCUGUGGUGAGGGUGUGGAUGGUAAAAAGGGUGAGGGUGUGGAUGGUAAAAAGGGUGAGGGUGUGGAUGAUAAAAAGGGUGAGGGUGUGGAUGGUAAAAAGGGUGAGGGUAUGGAUGGUAAGCAGGGUGAGGGUGUGGAGGCUAGGGAGGGUGAAGGUGUGGACGGUGAAAAGGGUGAGGGUAUGGAUGGUAAGCAGGGUGAGGGUGUGGAGGCUAGGGAGGGUGAAGGUGUGGACGGUGAAAAGGGUGAGGGUAUGGAUGGUAAGCAGGGUGAGGGUGUGGAGGCUAGGGAGGGUGAAGGUGUGGACGGUGAAAAGGGUGAGGGUAUGGAUGGUAAGAAGGGUGAGGGUGAAUAG